AGAAGAAGAACUCAGAGAGAAAAAACGCUUAGUCCGAGAGAGAGAGAGAGAACAAUGGCUUCAACAUUCACAAGCUCAAGCAGUGUUCUGGCCCCAACAUCAUUCCUUGGCCAGACUAAAGGCCCAAGCUUUAACCCUCUUCGUGAUGUUGUCUCUCUCGGAUCUCCCAAAUACACUAUGGUGAUCCAUGGGAGAUGGGCAAUGUUGGGAGCUUUUGGAUGCAUAACCCCUGAAGUUCUUCAGAAAUGGGUCCGUGUGGAGUUCAAAGAACCGGUCUGGUUCAAAGCUGGUUCACAAAUCUUCUCUGAAGGCGGUUUGGACUACUUGGGCAACCCAAACCUAGUCCACGCACAGAGCAUCUUGGCCGUCCUUGGCUUCCAAGUUAUCCUAAUGGGACUUGUCGAAGGCUUCCGCAUCAACGGUCUCGAUGGUGUUGGAGAAGGCAACGACUUGUACCCGGGCGGACAAUACUUUGACCCGCUGGGUCUCGCCGAUGACCCGGUUACUUUCGCUGAGCUCAAGGUGAAAGAGAUCAAGAACGGAAGGUUGGCUAUGUUCUCAAUGUUUGGCUUCUUUGUUCAAGCCAUUGUUACCGGAAAAGGUCCUUUGGAGAAUCUCCUUGACCAUCUCGAUGACCCUGUCGCUAACAAUGCUUGGGCUUUCGCAACAAAGUUUGUACCCGGGGCUUGA